CAUUUCCCGCUGCCGCUGGAGUCCAGACUGGCCAUGUCUUGUCUUCUGUCUACCGCACGAUGGCAGCACUGCGCCGGAGAACAGCUCGGAUAUUCCAGCCUGAUUCUCUCAAGGAUGUGAACCUUUCCUUCCUGUUUCAGUAACACAGGCAGCAAAACCUCCGCAUAGUGAGCCGCACCAGACAUCUAUCAGGCCUCCAUAAUGGCUCUGCUCUUAUCCCUAGCUUUAAAAUGUCGCUUAAUCCAUAGCUUCAAUCGCGCCAAACGCGUGAUUGCGUUCAUUUAGCAUCCAUCAUCCCAGACCUUUUUAUUUAUUGUCGCCGCACGUCUGGACUGGCAGGCAGCAUCAGGAACACGCGCUGUUCUCCGGCAAUUGUUCUCACCAUAUUCUCAUGGCGGAGACUAAAAUCAUAUACCACAUAGACGAGGAGGAAACUCCCUAUUUAGUCAAACUGUCAGUGGCUCCGGAGAAGGUAACUUUGGCGGAUUUCAAAAAUGUCCUCAGCAACCGACCGGUCAACAGCUAUAAAUUCUUCUUCAAAUCUAUGGACCAGGAUUUCGGGGUUGUCAAAGAAGAAGUCUCGGACGACAACGCCAAACUGCCUUGUUUCAAUGGGAGAGUGGUGUCAUGGCUUGUACUGGCCGAGAGCUCUCACACAGAUGGGAUGUCAGUGUGCACUGACAGUCAUACUGAACAUCCACCACCACUGGAGAGGACAGGAGGCAUUGGGGACUCCAGACCGCCCUCAUUCCAUGCGAAUGCAGUGAACAGCAGAGAUGGACUGGACACAGAAACUGGAAGCGAGCCUGUUCUUCGUCAUCGUCGAGAGAGGGAACGAGAAAGAACCAGACGGAGGAGAGAUGAUUUCCCACGUCUGAACGGUCACUCUAAAGCUGAGCGGGUGGUAAGGGACUCAGCCAUGGGUUGUGACAGCGGCUCCAUCAUGAGCAGUGAGCUGGAGUCGAGCUCUUUCAUUGACAGCGAAGAUGAGGAGGACGCAAGCAGGCUGAGCAGUUCCACAGAGCAGAGUUCUUCUUUUCAGUUAAUGAAGAGACAUAAACGCAGACGCCGGCGACACAAAGUGGCUAAAAUUGAUAGGUCAUCCUCCUUCAGCAGUAUCACAGAUUCAACUAUGAGCCUCAACAUCAUCACAGUUACUCUAAAUAUGGAGAAAUACAACUUUCUGGGCAUCAGUAUAGUGGGCCAAAGCAAUGAUAGAGGAGACGGUGGCAUCUACAUUGGAUCAAUUAUGAAGGGAGGAGCAGUGGCAGCAGAUGGGAGGAUAGAGCCAGGAGACAUGCUGCUGCAGGUAAAUGAUGUCAACUUUGAAAACAUGAGUAAUGAUGAUGCAGUCAGGAUCCUCAGAGAGAUCGUCUCCAAAAAUGGUCCCAUCAGUCUCACUGUUGCCAAAUGCUGGGACCCUUCCCCUCGCAGUUACUUUACAAUACCCAGAGCUGAACCAGUCCGGCCCAUUGACCCAGCAGCAUGGAUUUCACACACUACUGCACUUACGGGAUCUUACCCACAAAACGGUACAGUGUUUCUCGUAACAGAUGACUGCAUGUUCUCUGCUGUAAAACAUGAUCUAAUCCUCCCGUUGUUCUUCACAGAGUUUGAUGAACUCCCUCUUACAAUGGGGAAGACAGACAUGGCCACCAUAGUAAAGGUGAUGCAGUUGCCUGACUCAGGACUAGAAAUAAGGGACAGAAUGUGGCUGAAGAUCACUAUAGCUAAUGCAGUUAUAGGAGGUGAUGUCGUAGACUGGCUUUACUCAAGGGUGGAAGGAUUCAAAGACCGCCGGGAUGCCAGAAAAUACGCCAGCAGCUUGCUGAAACACGGCUAUCUCAGACACACUGUCAACAAGAUCACAUUCUCUGAACAGUGUUACUACACGUUUGGAGAUCUCUGCCAAAACAUGGCUACGUUAAACUUGAAUGAGGGAUCGAGUGGUGCUGGUUCAGAGCAGGACACUUUGGCUCCUCUUCCUCCUCCGUCCACUAACCCGUGGCCCAUGGGUGGCCAGCCAUUCCCUUACCCACCCUUCACAGCGCCCCCUGCUUUCCCUCCAGGAUAUUCAGACCCCUGCCACAGUUUCCACAGUGGCAGCGCUGGAAGUCAUCACAGUGAGGGAAGUCGCAGCAGUAGUUCCAACCCUAGCAUUGGGAGAAUCCAGCGGGCCGUACAGAGGGAAAAGGAGCGCAAAUCAACAGGCAGCGAAUCAGAUUCAGGCAAGCGAGCAGGAGGGAGGAGGGUUGAGCGUUCAGCCAGCCAACUCAGCCACCGCAGCCACGCCCUGUCAUCCCGUAGCCACACCCACUCACGAGUCCCCUCACAGCACAGCCGUACUUCCUUCUCCUACAGCCACGCCCCUUUUACCAAAUAUGGCCACACGUCCUGUGCACUCAGCGAACGGAGCCACGCCUCUUCUUAUGGGCCCCCAGGUCUGCCUCCUCCAUACAGCCUGGCUAGAUUGACUCCUAAAGGGGCCGUCUGCAGUGGGCCCCCGGGGGCCCCUCCAGUGAGGGAAAUGGGGGCCAUACCACCUGAACUCACCGCCAGUCGACAGUCCUUCCAGCAUGCAAUGGGCAACCCUUGUGAGUUUUUUGUGGAUAUUAUGUAAAAUCUAAUAGCACUGCGCUGAAAUCCAGUAAUCAGUGGUCAGCAGAUGUGGCUGUAUACACUACCUGACAAAUGACUUGUUGCCUAUACAAGUUUUUGGAACAACAAAUAAUAACUUGACUUCUAGUUGAUCAUUUGCUAUCAGAAGUGGCCUUAAAUGAAAGGCAAAGGCCUCUAGAUUACACUUAUU